AUCAUGAGCACCAAACAGCACACGCAUCUGUAUCAUCCAUCUGUUUCAGCUUUUGCCAUCAAAAACUGGAAGUUUAGUGUUCAGACUACUGCUUCCACUCAUCUUAAACCUUACACAAAUCUCAGAUCUCAGAUUCUCACUCAGUGUUUCCCAAACCCACAGAAACAGUGUGAUUCUGUUCAGAUUUUAUUGAAGAUGCAACAGAAAUCAAACACACAGCUCACUUUUCACUUGUGUUUUCCAAAAUUUCAGAAGAACCAGACUCUCAUACCAAUUUUGUUAGUGCAAGGUGAUGAAAUUGAAGAAGAAGAGAGAAAAUGA